AUGGUUCCGCCCGGCGCGGCGGCGCAUGCGCAGUGCGGCUACCGGCGGGUGGGGGGGGCGAUGGCGGCGGCGCUGCCCCGCGCGGCCCUGGCGCCCCCUGGUGGCGCGGCGGGCGGGAGCGCCCCGGGGGGCAGCGCCCCGGGGGGCAGCGCCGGGACCCCCGGCCGGGCCGAGGGGGCCGAGGGGCUGUUCGUGGUGCUGGGAGCGGGGCUGGCCGCCGCCAGCCACCCGCUGCUCUACGUCAAGCUGCUCGUUCAGGUGGGGCACGAGCCACUACCUCCAGUCGUGGGAAGAAACGUGCUGGGAAGGAAGGUCCUGUACCUGCCUGGCUUCUUCACCUAUGCCAGACACAUUGUGGAAGUGGAUGGGAAAAGAGGCCUCUUCCGUGGUCUGACUCCUCGCCUCAUCUCAAGCACCUUGUCAACCAUCACCAGGGGGAGUGUGAAGAAGGCUUUUCCACCAGAAGACAUGGAGCACGUGUCUAACAAGGAUGAUGUGAAGACCUCCCUUAGGAAAGUGGUGAAAGAGACCUCUCACGAGAUGAUGAUGCAGUGUGUGUCCAGGGUUGUCUCCCACCCGCUGCACGUGAUCUCCAUGCGCUGCAUGGUCCAGUUCGUAGGCCGGGAAGUCAAAUACAGCGGCGUGUUCAGCGCCAUCGGCAGGAUACUGAAGGAAGAAGGGAUCCUGGGGUUCUUUGUUGGCUUAGUCCCUCACAUCCUGGGGGAUGUCAUCUUCCUCUGGUGCUGCAACCUCUUGGCUCACUUCAUCAACACCUACGCCGUGGAUGAUAACUUCAGCCAAGCAUCGGUGAUCCGGAGCUACACAAAGUUUGUGAUGGGGAUUGCUGUGAGCAUGCUGACCUACCCAUUCCUUCUGGUGGGAGAUCUCAUGGCAGUGAACAACUGUGGGUUGCGCGCCGGCCUCCCUCCCUACGCUCCUGCCUUCACCUCCUGGAUCCACUGCUGGAGGUAUCUCAGUGCUCAGGGGCAGCUUUUCCGUGGCUCCAGCCUGCUCUUCCGCAGGGCACCCAUGCCAGCCUCCUCCUUCCCCCUCGACUGACUCCUCAGCAGGGAGAGGUGAUGAACUUGGACUCCUCAUGAAACCCUAAGCUUGUUUCAAUACCUGUGUAUUUUUGAUUUUCAAUCCAAAGUCCGUGAUGCCAGAACAAGACACCUUGUCUCCAGCAAGGCCAGCAACAAGUUGGCUUCUGGAGAUCUGGCUUCAAGCUCCAGCUGGACCAAAGCCCCAUCCUCAACCGGGAUGUGUAGCAGAAAGAGUCUUGUCUCUUUGGUCCAAGCUGGAGCUCUGGAGGCGCUGGGGAAGGCUGGGAAACCAGAAAGUGUCCAGGUACUAAGUGAGCCAGCCCUGAGGUGCAGGGACAAAAGUCUGCUUCGUCUGCCUGAGCUGAGGAGCAGGCAAGAGAUCCAAGGUCACCUUGCUGGGAAGGCCACCCACUACAGGAACCUGUAGCCCCAGGUGUGACCUGGGCAGGCAGCCUGUGCACGUGCUUCAGGGGCCAGGACAGGUUAGGAGUUGACCUGCUGGAAAGCAGCUCUGGGCAGAAGGACCUGGGAGUCCUGCUGGACAAGUUCACCAUGAGCAAACAAUGUGCCCUGGUGGCCAAGAAGGCCAGUGGCAUCCUGGGUGUAUUAAGAAGAGUGUGGCCAGCAGGUCAAGGAAGGUUCUGCCCCUCUGCUCUGCCCUGAUGAGGCCACAUCUGGAGAACUGGGUCCAGUUCUGGGACCCCACCACAAGAAAGGCAAGGAGCUACUGGAGGGAGUCCAGCAAAGGGCUACAAAGAUGAUGAGGGGGCUGGAGCAUCUCUCUUAGGAGGAGAGGCUGAGAGAGCUGGGCCUGUUUGGUCUGGAGAAGAGAGAAGUGAGAGGGGAUCCUAUCAGUGUGGGUGUCAGGAGGAUGGGGUGAGACUUCUCAGAGCUGCCCCGUGACAGGACAAGGGGCAACAGGCAUGAACUGGGACACAGGAAGUUCCAUCUAAACAUGAGAACAAAUUUCUGUACACUUUGAGGGUGACUGAGCCCUGGGACAGGCUGCCCAGAGAGGUUGAGGAGUCUCCUUCUCUGGAGACAUUCCAGACCUGCCUGGCUGCGAUCCUGUACAAGCUGCUGGUGCAGGAAAGUUGGACUAGAUGAUCUCCAGAGCUCCCUUCCAACCCUGACCACACUGGGAUUCUGUGAGUUGGGUCCUGGGUCAGACCAGCACGACUGUCCCUCAGCUGGCAGGACCACGAUCCCCACGGGCUCCUGCCCAACCCGGGCAUCACCGCUUUGCCGACCGACACGGAGCCGCGCGUCGAGCGUCCUGGCAGCUCCACGCCAGAGGGGUGGCCAAGCAGGAAGGGGCCACUCUGUCCAUCAAUGUCUGAAGGGAUAAACCUUGAGCUGGCCAAAGGCUUGUAAAGUGUUGGAGUCCAGGGCUCCUCACACACACAGGAGCAUGUUUGGCCCUUGUGUAGCAUUGCUCACCAGGGGCAGCUGGGCAGGAUUUGUCCUCGACUCCCCAGACAAGUUCUUUUGCAGCAGUCUGUGCUGGCAUGGCAGCCAGGCAGAUUUCCCCCCAUUUUGGUUCCCCCACGAAGCAGUCUUUUGCACAGAGGUCUUGCUGCACUCCCUGGGAAGAGGUUUUGGGGUCCUUGAGCAGGUCCUUGUGUGCUGCUGCAGCAGCAGCUGGGGUCACAUCUCAUCCUGGUCCUCUGGAGACCCCAACCUCCCGUGGCACAGGGGACUUUCCCCAUCAGACAGGUUUGAUCUGCACCUUCUAGCCAGGACCUGUGGGUCAGUGCUGGUCCAUGCUGGGACCAGCAGUCCCCACCCAGCUCCCUUCAGUGUCAUGAAGUCAGUCGCGUCCUCCCUCCCCGUGCAGUUUAUGUGACAGUAACAGAAGUUCAAUAAUGCAUGGCCCUGUUCCCUAACACCAGAGAUUAUUUCCAAGAGGAUUUAACCAUGCUCCAAAAUACAGCUAUGAAACAA